AUGUCAAAUCUUCAACGAUCAGGUGUCAUCACCUUUACACUUGUAGUGUUGUUGGUGGCUUUGAUUGGCACUACAUCUGCAAUUUCCGAUUCACAAUGGACUGUGCUCAAUUCAUUCGCCAGUAAUCUUGGAUUUAAAUGGCCGUCGAAGGACUGUAACGUGUAUGGAGUGUACACUGUUAGCAGCAGAUCCUAUAACCUAAACUCCUACAUUGGUUGUGACAAUAGUCAGAACCUUAUUAACCUUACAUUGGAGGCUGCGCCAGCAUCUAAUAAACUAUGUCGUCCAUUGAGUGGAAACGCCAUCCUGGAUAGUGACAACUGGAGUACCAUCGACAACCUGAAGACACUUAACUUGAUCAAUGUUGAUCUCUCGUCCUCAGGAGGUAUUCCAAGCAAGUUAUAUGAUUCAGAGAUGGGCUCCUUGUACACACUAUCCAUCACUGGUAUUUGCAAGGCCAACUUCAAUGGAGGUGUAUUCACAGAGAGACUUGACAAUCUCUAUGUUGAGAAUGCCUUGGGUACCUUCCCCAACCUCACAGCCGCCACCAAUCUAUAUAAUUUUGCACUUACUCAGAGUCCAAGUGACACACUGAAGUUUAUUUUGUCCCCAUCGUUAUUCACAAGUUCAAUGACAACAUUUAAGUUGAUCCUUACCUCUCAACCAUCCACAAUCGUCUUGCCAGGAUCCAUCCUCAAUGCUCAAAACCUCAUUAACAAGUCUACAAAGCUAACCUCAUUUAUAAUCAACUCUCCUGGCUUCUCAACCAACUUCAACUCAUUCUUCACAUCGGUUCCAAACACUUUGACAUUCUUGUCAAUGAGUGGACUUACACUCUCGGACCAAACUACAUUGCCAGAUGUCCCACCUGCUAAAUGGUCCAACCUCAAGGGUUUGGCCUUGGAGCGUCUAGGACUCACCGGCACACUCAACAACAACUACUUCCUCAUGUCAAACCUCACCUCAUUGUCAUUGAUGCAUAAUCCAGCGUUGGCCAUGACCAUCCCCACUCAGUUUGGUUCAUCGUCCAACAUCAAAUCGCUCUACCUCUCUGACACCAACAUCAGUGGACAACUCCAAGAGAACAUCCUCGACAAUGGACUCACCACACUCUAUCUGACCACUGUCAAUGGACUCAAGAACACCUUGCUCCCCACAGCAUUCCUCUGUCUCCCACCAUCAUACUUCACCGGUCUCACCAUCCCCGCCUACAUCUUUGACAAUGUCACCUUUACCAACUACCAAGGACCAGAUACCCCAAGGAGUUGUGAACCAUCGAUCACCUUCAUCUCCAACCCAAUCAGCAGCAACUUGACAUUCUUUACCGUUGUUGGUAUUAACUUUGGUGACAAGCCAAACAUUAAAAUGGUCUCUGGAAAUGAUCAGUACAUUGUCAACAACAACAAUGUGAAUGCCUCUGCAUUGCUAUGUAUCACUCCAGUGUUCUUGCAGGGUGCCGGUACUCUCUACCUCACCCAGACAUACGGCGCACUCAAGACUGCCACCAUCCCCUACAGCUUCAUGAUCCCCUCCAUCACAUCGAUCUCCUCGCCACCCACCCUUGGAGGCUUUGUAACGCUCACUGGCUAUGACCUACUGCCAUUCACUCAGCCAAAUGCUAUUGGCACCUAUGUGAUGAUUGGUAACACCCCAUGCACCAACCUUACCUCGGUCGACGUGUUCAAACAGAUGUCUUGUUUGGUUCCACCAGGCAUCACAUCCAAUGUCCAGGUGCUAGUGUCGAUCAAGGGUCUGUCCAGCGACCCCUCAACCACACCAAACUUCUUCUACCGCGCGCCCACCGUCCAGACUGCCAACGCCAUGUCUCCAGACAAGGAGAACGCCAUGACCAUCACAGGUUCCGACUUUUGGACCGACAUCAAUGCUGUCAAUGUUACCGUGCAGCUGGGUGCUCAGCUGAUUCAGUGCAACGUCACAUACGUCAAUCACUCAAUCAUCUACUGCACAUUCCCUUCUGUUGGCUUUGUCGCUGGCACUCAUAACAUCCAAGUAGCCGUGGCCGAUCAACCAUCAUUCCCCAACAGCUUGUUCUCAUUCGUCGACAUCCAGUUGUGUCCAGACUCAUGCGGUGGCUCGGCAAAGGGCGAGUGCAACGUCGGUUUCGGUCUGUGCAACUGCAAGAAUGUUGCCGGACCAUCAUGCUCUGAGGGCGCCAUCCCAUCCACCCUCCAGGUCAACACUACAGCCCCUGUUUUGUCGAUCUCCUCGCCAGACUCUACCACCACACUCAACGCCUACCUCGUUUCCGUUUAUGAGAAUGGCGCUGAGACCAAGAUUGCCAACUGGCAACAAGCAUCCCUGCCCGCAACACGUGCCAACUCAUUCACAUGGACUUCUGGAAGCCGACAGAUCGUCGUCAUCAUUCGUCCAAACAAUGCCAGCACACCAGCCGACCUUGUUGGUCCAGGUGCCCUGCUCAACGUCUUUGACAACACAUUCACAUACCAAGUGUCCUACCAAUCAAAGGGCGACAGCUACAAUGAUGUUGGCUUCAAGUUCCAGUUUGAUGUCUUCCCCACCGAGUGCAGCGCCCCACCCAUCCACGUUGCCUAUCCAGCACAGGGACUCAACACGUCAGUUCACUGGCUCACUUUGACCAAGUUCAACACAUCAUGGUUCGCUCGUCUGCCACAGGUAGCCAGCAUCAACGGCAAUGGAGGUUCGAUCUCAAGCACACUUGGAGUUCGCGACGGCACCACCACCAACAUAGUUGCCGACGUCAACAACUACAAAGAACCAAUCAGCAGCGUGAACUUUGAGUUUGACUUUAGCGCAUUGACGGCGUCGGGUUCGGCCGGACGUGUUCCAGUCACCACCAACUGUCCAUCCAAUCAACCGGGCGACAACAGCAGUGGCGACAAGGGCGGUCGUGGAGGUGGCACUGACAACAAGUGGAAGGUCACCGUUGGAGUUGUAGUUGCUGUCGUUGGCACAGCCAUCAUAGCUGCCGGUGGAUUCUUCAUUUGGAGACAACAUCGCAACCUUGAGCAAACCAAGAGUCUUUUGGACAAGAAGUUGAAGGAGAUCAAUGCCAACCUUUAA